AUGGCAUUCUUUAAUGGUGUUAGAGCUUCCUGGAAUUGGCUCUGCAAUUUGGUGAGACCUAAAGACACCAAGUUCUCUGCUUCUACUUCUGUGGAAUAUACUGAUAAUCCUUGGCAUGAACUGUUUAAACUAAUACAUCUCAUAGAUCCAUUUGAUUAUCCUAAUUCACCAAUUGUGAGAUGUCAAAAAUUUAGUGAUUCUGUACAAAACAAUUUUGAAUAUCUUUGGCACAGCAGACAAUAUAAUGAUGUUGGAUGGCUGGUCUUAGCUGCUUUGGACAAACUAAUGAAUGAAAAAUCGCAUCUCCAGAAACAGAUAAGAAAUUUAAAAAUUUCUCAGUGUGUCAUGAGUGAAAAUCUCCUCUUUUUUAGCCGCAAGACUGAGAUUGCAGAAACCCAGACACAGUCCCUCAUAAUUCGAUUGGCUGAACUACAACGUAAACUUAAUGUUCAGCCUCGAAGAGUAUCAGAAGCAAAGGUGAGGGCACUGGUUGGGAAAGAGUGGGAUCCCAUGAAUUGGGAUGGAGAUGUAUGGGAGGAUUCUGAGGAAAGUGAAGAUACUGAAUUUCUGGAUGCUAAUGAAGUUAUUUUGCCUGAGGGAGCGAUUUCUCCACCUGAAAUGGCAGAGGCGUCACCACCUCCACCCACUGCUAUGCCCAUAACCAGGCUCAAAUCACAGAAAGGGCCUAAAGGAGAGAUACAUACUGUGACCCAUGAAGAGGUUCGCUAUACUCCCAAAGAGCUUCUUGAGUUUUCCAACUCUUAUAGGCAGAGGCCUGAUGAGCAAGCAUGGGACUGGAUUUUACGAGUGUGGGAUAAUGGUGGCAAAAACAUACAUCUGGAUCAGGCUGAAUUUGUUGAUAUGGGCCCAUUAGGCCAGGUCCCCUUGGAGAAGGACUCUGAUGCACCAAAAAUGUACACUGUUAAUCUUUCUCCCAUCCUUCCCCAGAGGGACCUAAGGCCUUUUGCUCGAGUGACUGUCCACUGGGGGAAGGGGAAUGAGCAGACAUUUCAGGGAUUACUGGACACUGGUUCUGAACUAACACUGAUUCCAGGGGAUCCAAAACGUCACUGUGGCCCUCCUGUUAGAGUAGGGGCCUAUGGAGGCCAGGUGAUCAAUAGAGUUCUAGCAAAGAUCCGACUUACAGUGGGUCCAAUAGGUCCUCGGAUUCACCCUGUAGUUAUUUGCCCUGUUCCAGAAUGUGUAAUUGGGAUUGAGGUACAUAGUACCUGGCAGAAUCCUCACAUUGGUUCCCUAACCUGUAAUGUGAGGGCUAUCAUGGUUGGGAAGGCCAAAUGGAAGCCACUAGAGUUGCCUUUGCCUGAUAAAAUAGUUAACCAGAAGCAGUAUCGCAUUCCUGGAGGGACAAGAAUUACUGCCACCAUCAAGGACUUAAAGGAUGCAGGGGUGGUGGUGCCCACCACAUCUCCAUUCAGUUCCCCCAUUUGGCCUGUGCAGAAGACAGAGGGGUCUUGGAGAAUGACCAUGGAUUACCGUAAACUGAAUCAGGUGGUGACUCCAAUUGUAGCUGCAGUACCAGAUGUGGUUUCCUUGCUUGAGCUAAUUAACACAUCUCCUGGUACUUGGUAUGCAGCUAUCGAUUUGGCAAAUGCCUUUUUCUCCAUACCUAUCCAUAAGGAUCAUCAGAAACAGUUUGCUUUUAGCUGGCAAGGCCAGCAAUAUACCUUUACAGUCUUACCUCAGGGGUAUAUUAACUCGCCAGCCCGAUGUCAUAAUUUGGUUCGAAGGGAUCUUGAUCGCUUUUCUCUGCCACAGGAUAUCACACUGGUCCAUUAUAUUGAUGAUGUUAUGCUAAUUGGGCCUAGUGAGCAGGAGGUAGCAACUGCACUGGAUUCAUUAGUAAGGCAUUUGAGAGCCAGAGGAUGGGAAAUAAAUCCAACAAAAAUUCAAGGUCCUUCUACUUCAGUGAAAUUUCUAGGAGUCCAGUGGUAUGGAGCAUGUAGAGAUAUCCCAUCUAAGGUAAAAGAUAAAUUGUUGUAUCUGGCUUCUCCUACAACUAAAAAGGAGGCACAAUGCUUAGUGGGCCUAUUUGGAUUUUGGAGACAACACAUUCCUCAUUUAGGUGUCUUACUCCACCCCAUUUACCAAGUGACUCGGAAAACUGCUCAUUUUGAGUGGGGCUCAGAACAGGAAAAGGCUUUGCAACAAGUCAAGGCUGCUAUACAGGCUGCCCUUCCACUGGGACCAUAUGAUCCCACAGAUCCAAUGGUGCUCGAGGUAUCAGUAGCAAACAAAGAUGCUGUUUGGAGUCUCUGGCAGGCCCCCAUUGGUGAAUUACAGUGGAGGCCUUUAGGAUUUUGGAGUAAGGCCCUGCCAUCGUCUGCAGACAACUACUCUCCCUUUGAAAAACAGCUGUUGGCCUGCUACUGGGCCCUAGUGGAAACUGAACGCUUGAUUAUGGGACACCAGGUCACCAUGCGACCUGAGUUGCCUAUCAUGGCCUGGAUAUUAUCUGACCCACCAAGUCAUAAAAUUGCACGUGCCCAGCAACAGUCUAUCAUUAAAUGGAAGUGAUAUAUUCGUGAUUGAGCCAGAGCAGGCCCCGAAGGUACAAGUAAAUUACAUGAGGAAGUUGCCCAAAUACCUAUGGCUCCUAUACCCGCUAUGUUGCCUUCAGUUUCCCAGCAUGCACCUAUAGCCUUGUGGGGUGUACCAUAUGAUCAGUUAUCAGAGGACGAGAAGACUAGGGCCUGGUUUACGGAUGGCUCUGCACGUUAUGCUGGCACCACCUGCAAGUGGACAGCUGCAGCAUUAUAGCCCCUUUCUGGGACAUCCUUAAAAGACAGUGGUGAAGGGAAAUCAUCACAGUGGGCAGAACUUCGAGCAGUGCACUUGGUAGUACAUUUUGCCUGGAAAAAGAAAUGGCCAGAUGUGAGACUGUACACUGAUUCAUGGGCUGUAGCCAAUGGUCUAGCCAGAUGGUCAGGAACUUGGAAGGAACAUAAUUGGAAAAUUGGUGACAAAGAUAUUUGGGGAAGAGGUAUGUGGAUAGAUCUCUCUAUAUGGGCAAAGGAUAUGAAAAUAUUUGUUUCCCAUGUAAAUGCUCACCAAAAGGUAACAUCAGCAGAAGACAACUUUAAUAAUCAAGUGGAUAAGAUGACUCGUUCUCUGGACAGAAGCCAACCUCCUUCUUCAGCCACCCUAGUCAUUGCCCAAUGGGCCCAUGAACAGAGUGGCCAUGGUGGCAGGGAUGGAGAAUAUGCAUGGGCUUAGCAACAUGGACUGCCACUGACCAAGGCUGAUCUGGCUACAGCCACUGCUGAAUGCCCAGCAUGCCAGCAGCAGAGGCCAACACUGAGUCCCUGAUAUGGCAGCAUUCCACGAGGUGAUCAACCUGCAACUUGGUGGCAGGUUGAUUAUACUGGACCACUUCCAUCAUGGAAGGGACUGCACUUUGUCUUCACUGGCAUAGAUACCUAUUCUGGAUAUGGCUUUGCCUUUGCUGCACGUAAUGCUUCUGCCAAGACUACCAUCCGUGGACUCACGGAAUGCCUUAUCCACCGUCAUGGAAUUCCACAUAGCAUUGCCUCUGACCAAGGAACACAUUUCACAGCUAAAGAAGUGAGACAGUGGGCAUAUGCUCAUGGAAUUCACUGGUCCUACCAUAUCCACCAUCCAGAAGCAGCUGGAUUGAUAGAAAGAUGGAAUGGCCUUUUGAAGACACAGUUACAAUGGCAGCUAGGUGGCAAUAGUUUGCAAGUUCAACAGGCUGUAUAUGCUUUGAAUCAGCGUCCAUUAUAUGGCACUGUGUCUCCUAUAGCCAGGAUUCAUGGGUCCAGGAAUCAAGGGGUGGAAGUAGGAAUGGUGCCACUCACCAUCACCCCUAGUGAUCCACUAGCAAAAUUUUUGCUUCCUGUUCCCAUGACUUCAUGUUCUGCUGGACUAGAAGUUUUGGUUCCAGAGGCGGGAAGGCUUAUACCAGGAAACACGACAAUGGUACCAUUGAACUGGAAGCUAAGACUUCCCCCUGGUCAUUUUGGUCUCCUCUUGCCUCUGAGGAAUCAAGCUAAAAAGGGAGUCACGGUGUUGUCAGGGGUGAUUGACCCAGACUACCAAGGGGAAGUUGGACUACUACUCCACAAUGGAGGAAAGGAAGAAUAUACAUGGAGUGCAGGAGAUUCCUUAGGCCUUUUAGUAUUACCAUGCCCUGUCAUUAAGGUUAAUGGAAAAUUACACUAACCUAAUCCAGACAAAGUGACAAGUGGUUCAGAACCUUCAGGAAUGAAAGUAUGGGUCACUACUCCACCGGGGAAAGAACCGAGACCUGCUGAGGUGCUUACUGAAGGCCAAGGAAAUACAGAAUGGGUAGUGGAAGAAGGAAGUUCUAAAUACCAGCUACGUCCUCAUGAUCAGUUACAGAAAAGGGGAUUAUGA